CCGCGUCCCGGAGGGUCUCGCGGGGGAACCGGGAACGGGGUCGGGCCUGGGGCGGCUCCGUUGCGGUCGCGGGUGGCUCUGGAACGGAGCCGGUGCCACCCUCACCCCCGGUACUGGAGUUCGGGGUGGAGGAACGGGGGGAAUGCCCCCGGUAACGGGUUCCGGGAGCGCAGGAACGGGGAGAUCCUGCCGGUAACGGCGUCCAAGGAGUGGCACAGCGGGGACCCGGAGGAUUCCCCCGCCCCGCCCGGACACGUGCGCGCUCCCGGGGCCGCGGGGCCGCGCGGGCACCGCUCGCUCCCCAUUGGCUGCGCCGCACGUCAAUCAGUGACGCCACCGGGGAUUCCGCGUCACUAUUGGCUGGGUUGGCGGGGCCGGAGCCGCCCCCCGGAGUUCCCGGGACGCGGUUGGGAUGCGGCGGCCGCCCCGCUUCCCGGGGAUGCGGAGCGCGGCUCGGAGCUUCCCCGGUGGCGGGCGCUGAGCUCCGGGAGCACGAUGGACACCGGGAUCGGGGCCUCGCUGGCCUGGAGCCCCGGGGCGGCCUCGCAGCCCCCGCCCGGGCUGGGGGUGAAGUUGGGGUCGCUGGUUCUGUUGCUGCUGCUGCCCCUCGCCUGCGGCCUCACACCCCUCUGGUGCUUCCGACAGCCCCCCGACCCCCGCAGCCCCGUGCUCAGCCUUGUGAGCUGCUUCUCGGGCGGUGUUUUCAUGGGCACCUUCCUGCUCGACCUCCUGCCUGACUACCUGGGCAGCAUCGCUGCGGCACUAGAGGGGCUGCGCAUCACGCUGCAGUUCCCCCUGUCGGAGUUCAUCCUGGCCAUGGGCUUCUUCCUGGUGCUGGUGCUGGAGCAGGUGACGCUGGCGCAGCGUGAGCUGGCCGAGCCUCCCGAGGAGACGCGGGCACUGCUGCCCAAUGGCUCCAUCCAGGCCACAGCGCCCGGAGGCUCGGUGGGCUCGCCGGUGCCAGCGUCCGGUGGCCCCGGGGCGCUGCGUGCCGGGGCGCUGGCGCUGGCUCUGGCACUGCACGCAGUGCUGGAGGGGCUGGCGCUGGGGCUGCGCGAGGGCGAUGCGGCCGCGCUGCGCGUGCUGCUGGCGCUGCUGCUGCACAAGGGCGCCGUGGCCUUCGGCCUCUCGCUGGAGCUGCUGCGGAGCCGCCUGCGCCCGCCCGCCGUGGCGUCGUGCCUCGUGCUGCUGGCCCUCAUGUCCCCGCUGGGCGUCGGGGUGGGCACGGUGCUGGCGGCGGGCGCGGGGCCGCGGCAGCGCCUGUGCCGGGCCGUGCUGGAGGGCCUGGCGGCCGGCACCUUCCUCUUCGUCACCUUCCUGGAGAUUCUGCCCCAGGAGUUGGGGGUGCCCCAAAAUCGCAUCCCCAAGGUCAUCUUGAUCCUUGCUGGCUUCGCGCUGGUCAGCGCCAUCCUCUUCGUCAAGGGGUGAGAUCCGCCAGCCCGGGAUCCGCAGCCUGGCCUCCGAGAAUCCCGUGGAAUUCAUGUAUCCCCCCGCCCGCAUCCUCUUUUUCGAAGUGCCAAAGUGCCUCUCCCGUCUCUGUGCCUCAGUUUCCCUGUCUAAACUGUCCUCUUUCUCAAGGGGAGACCCCGCCUGGCCCGGGAUCCCCCGUUCUUGCUCCUGGAAUUCCUGUCCCACCCUGCACGCCCUGUUCCGAAGUGCCAAAGUGCCUCUCUCAGCGCCGUGCCUCAGUUUCCCCAUCUGCACAAGGGAUCGGUGCUGUGACCCCCCCACACCCCGCUCAGGACCCUGGGAGGGGGUGAGUGUCCCCCCCAUAACCAUAAGUGCCCUUACGGACUCCCCCGGAUUUGGGGGUGUUGGAUGAAGCAAAUAAAGAACUCAAC